AUGUGGACUGAACGAGCAAUAGGUCAGUGGUAUUUUAAAGGCACGGAUUUUGACCUGACGCCGUCGCGAAAAGAUGGUCUGUCAAUAGACGAAGAGAGGACGCGACGUGCUAAAGGAGUUAAAUUUAUACAGGAUGAUAUUGCGGGAACCUGUGUAUUUGAGGCCUGCAAGACAGAAGAGACAAGUCGAAAAAUGGAUGACGUGGCUCGUAUCUGUGCAAAGAAAGCACAAAAAAAUUCAGCGUUAGAAGACCAAACAGAAUUCGCUAAAUGGAGACACACAAUCAAUAAAAACGAACCUUUCCUUCUUGGAGCGCUAGAGUUCGACUUGCACAUCGAGCAUCCAUAUCGGAUGCUUCUAAAAUACGCUAGGGAACUUAAGAAUGAUAAAAACAUCCCUGAAAAGGAUGGUGCAAAAAAGCUUGCACAGAGUGCAUGGGCUAUUGUUAAUGACAGCCUGCGUACACCUUUGUGUUUACGACAUAGGCCACAUGUAAUAGCAAGUGCGGCGAUUUACAUUGCCGCCAAAUUAUCAAAUGUACGAUUGAACGACGAUCCUUCGCAAGGACAAACAUGGUGGUCAAUUGUUAAUGCCGAUAUUCUUCAAAAUGGCAAACACGGCGGUGAGUGCACCAAGAACCCCCUUCAUUUCGAUUGCGCAAAGAUUGUAACUACACAUCCACUGCCUCCUCCUCCUCCUCAAGCUCACCCACUGGGAAUGGCGUCAUCACAAGCACCACCACCACCUUCUUCAAUAUCACAUUCACAUCAGUCUUCGUUAAACUCUUUAGAAACAGAUAAAUUAAAGACUCGACCACCAUUUCAACCUACUUCAGUUUCUUCUUUAUCAUACGACAAAGACACAUAUCGUAUGAACAUUCGUCCACCAAAUCAAACCUCUUCAACAUCUUCAUCAAGUAAUGAGACAGAAACAUAUCGUAUAAAUCCUCGUCCACUGAAUCAAUAUACUUCGACCUCUUCAUCACAUGAGAUAAACACAACAUACCGUAUGAAUACUCGACCACCAAAUCAGCAAUCUUUAUCACAUCAAAAACACGUUACAUAUCAAUCAAUGCCGCGUCAACCACCAAUGCGGUCAUCAACUUACCCACAUCGACCAAAUAAUAAUAUACCACCUCUAACACAGCAAUCACACACAAAUCAAAUAUUGGUGCAGUCUCCCAUGGCAAAUCAAUUACCUCCGUUACAACCAUCUCUUACAAAUAAUUCACAUAGCCGGCAUCAACCGGUACAAUUACCACCGAUCCACUCAUCUCCAUCAAUUCAACGAUCAAAUACUUAUCCUGCGUCAUCGGUGCAAUCAUCUCAAGUAAAUGGUACACAAAAUCCAUAUAAUAAUUCGCAUGCAACUGAGCAGUCCUCUCGCCAUCCAAUAACUCCGAAUCAGGUGCAACCACAAGUAAAUAAUACUGCUACUACUACCAGUACUAACGGUCAAGUUAAUGGCCAUGAGGAAGAAGAACCCGAAGAGGGUGAAAUAAUGGACGAAGAAGAUAUGGAGGUGGAAGAUGCAUGGAAGCCUAAAGAAAUCCCUCUUUAA